AUGGUGGCGCGCCUGGGCCCCAAUACGGGAGAGGAGGAUACGGAGGAGGAUACGGCGGAGGAGGGUACGGAGGAGGUGGAUACGGAGGAGGAGGGUACGGAGGAGGCCGAGGUGGAUACGGCGGAGGUUUCGGUGGCUUCGGUGGGCAUCACGGAGGACACCACGGAGGACACCACGGAGGACACCACGGAGGGGGGCGCGGGUACGUUCUCUGCUUUUUGCCUCUUUUGGGAAUUGGGGAGGUCGCUGACGCGGAAGGUGUUGAAGAAACGUCGGGUUAAGUUCGCCAGCAUCCAAGAACUUCGACGUGUUCAAAGUAUCUGGUGGCAUCAGAGGUGGCAGAUACGGGAGAUAAGAGAACGACAGGCCUAGAUCCUCGUCUUGUCUCGUCCUUUCUUUCUCCUCACUGUCUUCUUCAAAUGAAACCAAAUAAACCUGAAUGAUGUCUCUCA